AACAGACGUCAUUGCGGCCCUUCGUUGCGGUCGGUCGUGCUCACAGCGUCGCCCGGCCACCUAUAAGAGGGGCUGGGCGCGCCCCGACCUGCAUUCAGCUUCGACAGCUAGAAACACUUAAUCUCAUCAGACAUGGCGAGGAUCCUUCUUGUGGCUCUGUGCGUGGUGGGCUUUGCCCUGCUCCUCGAGGCCCAGCGUCAGGGCGGCCAGGGUGGUCGCGGCGGUCCCGGCGGUCCCGGAGGUCGCGGAGGUGCUGGCGGUCCCGAUGGUCCUGAUGGUCCCGGCGGCCCCGGCGGUCGCGGCAACGGCAGCCAGGGACCCCCUCCCCCCCCCCCCGGCAACGGCAGCGACUCCCAGGGACCUCCUCCUCCUCCCCCCGGCCCCCCCGCCGGCGGUAACAGCAGCGACUCCCAGGGACCCCCCGGCCCUCCCCCCGCCGACAACAGCACCGCCGCGGAGAGCGAAUAAGCAUCCAACCCCCUUUGACUGUCCACUGUGAAGCAAUAAAGAGGGCGAGGAGGCGGCGGUAAAGAA